AUGUCUCAUCAAACAUCACCAAUGGAAAUGUAUUUAUCUUUCUGGGAUUCAACACCUAUCGGUCGAUCGUUUUGUCUUCGCUUAUGUCAGCAUGAGCAUUUAUCGCCACAAUUAAUACUUGAAGGUAAAGUUAUUAGUGCAGUAAUCCGUUUACAAAAUAAUGCAACAUACCAUUCACAAACACAAUUUAUUGGAACAUUGAUAUCAGACGACGAGUCACAACGUUUAAUUUAUGUUAUCGAUCGUUUACUAGUAAAAGAUUCAACAACAAACGAAUUUCAUAAUCAUCAACCAUUAACUGGAGAAUUUCUUAUUCCUAUUCAAUUUAAUAAUAAAAAUUUUCAGUCAAUCAAUAAAUUUAAACAAGAUGGAAUCAAAGCUAUCGACAACUACGGUCAUUCAUCCUUGCCAUUUGAAGUACAUCAUUCUUCCUAUCUUUGCUGUUAUAUGACCUCAAUAAAUUCGACUUGUUUAAAUAUUGAUUUAUCAUUUAAUCUUUUAACAAUAAAAAAUAAUUUUACAUUAACACCAAUUAGUCCUGAUUACAUUCAAAUACUACCAACAGCUUUAUUUAAAAAACUUAGUUCAUCAAUAGAGAAUACUGCCGAUCUGAAUCAAUCAUGUUUUGGUUAUUGCAGUUUAGAUCGAACAUCAAAAAAUAAAAUUUUGCUAAUACUUGAAAAUGACCCACAAGCAUGUUCAUUGCCAUUAGUUGGAAUUUGGGUAUCGAACAUAGUUAAUAUUCAAUCUUCGUUUGUUUGGGCAGCAUGUAUUCGUUAUUAUAUGAAUUCUUCACUCCAACAACGUCUUCGUUCUGGAAUAAAUUCACAGCAAUCAUUUUUACUUGCAUUUUUUUUAUCAACACUACAUAAUCAAUGGGUUUUCUACGAAGUUUGUUCAAUACAAACAAAUUCAACAUCAUUAAUGACUAUGGAUUAUGAUGUAUGGACAUGUUCAAAGACAAUAAUCAUUCCAAACUCAGCAUUAAAUCAGUUUGAUUUGAAUUCUAGUGCACAAGUUCCAUAUGAUUUUGAAUUUAAACGUGUUUAUGAUGUAACAAAAACUUCUAUCAUUUCUUCUCCUAGUCGACAUCAAACUGUUAAACCAAUGAAUGAUACUCGAUUUCCACGGGAUAUAUCCUUGCUUUGCAAAGAAACACUUCCAAAUGAUGAUGGUCCAGAUAAUGAUAAUGAUCAACAUCACGCUACACUUUUAUCACCAACUACAAAUGGAAGUUUAUUUGGAGUUCCUCGAAUACCACCAAAACAAUCCAUAUAUGUAUCACCUUCAUGGGAUCCAUUAUCAACUACAACAAUAAAAACUCCGAAGCGUAAUAUUCGUCGAUCAACGGUAUCUCCGAGAUCAAAACAAGUUUCUCCUGUAGUAACACAAACAAUUACUAAUGAUAUUCAAUGGAAAGAAGAAAUAAUUGCAAGAAUGCAAUCCUAUGACAGUCAUAUUCAAUCAUUAACUGCGCUUGUUGCUCAACUUUUAGUUUCUCAAAAUCAAAUGCAACAAAAUUCCAUAUUAACACCAAUCAGUGGAUAUACUAAACGUGAUGUUGCAGUACAAAGUGAACCACUCUCACUUAGAUCUAGUCUAUCAUCGUCGAACAUUUCUAACAUUGAAUAUUGUCAACAACAACGAACAUCAUACAACGCCACGACAGCCAAUACAGUAUCAUGUACAAAAUUUCAAUCACCAUUACCAUCAUCGUUUGUUCAUCAACACGAACCAACGGUCGACUGCUAUUCAUCUAUUCGUACACCAACUACACCUCUUCGAUCUAAAUCACCUUCAUUACCAGUAGCUUCUGCAGAUCUGAAUCCAGUUGAUAUUCUUAAACCAAUUUUUCAAUUUAUUGACACUCAGCAACAAAAACAACAACAACAACAAUCGACAGCUUCAUUAGUAACAACAUAUAAUUCAACUGAUAGAGGAUUAUUCAAGUUAAAUAAUAAAGACACUGAUAAUCACACUGAAGAUACGUGUCCUUUAACAAAUUCCAUUCAACCACAACAGCAACAUGUCACAUCAACAAGGACUACUGGCAUCAGUUUCAUUUCCAAUGGUGUUCAAAUGCAAUUUAUCAAUCAAAGAAGUAGUACGACUACUCUUUUUUCUCAAUCACAAUCUCUUCAUACUUCUCCUCAAAAAUCAGAAAAUAAUAUUUCUAUUGAAGUUCAUGGUUUAGAAAUGAAAUAUCUUGAAGAUGAUCAAUUAGCAGUUGCUAUUGAAUGUGAUCGAAAAGCACAAAAAUCGCUUAAUAUACUACCAGAAACUUCACAAAUUGUUGAUAAAAGUUUGUCAUUUGAAUCUAAAGAAUAUUUACGACGAUAUGAUCUUUUUACAGAUUCCAAUCGUUAA